AUGAGUCAGCGGCAUCUCGAAUUUUCCUUUUGUGCAAAUAAUGGCGGUGGAGAGGGCUUUGUCGAUAGAGACGACCGCGGUGGCGAAGCGACGUCUGCCCGGCAACAAGUAUCUAGUUUGUCGCCACGCCGCCAUGCCGCGCAGUUCCCGGCACCCGCGCCGGCUCCGCUGUACCAAGCUCUCUCGCACAUCAAGCUAACGGAAUCGGAUUCCUCACGGCCGAAAUUCCGCUGCGGACAUUCACGCUACGACCGACUGAAA